CAAUAGAGUGUUGCAAACAAUUUGUUUGAAACAAAUCCAGUAUUUCAUAUGAAAAGUGACACUCAAUUCAAUGGAUAAUUGUUUUACAAUAUGUUUGCAAAAUUCAUUGCCAAACACAUUCAACACGUGAUUACACACAAUAUAUCGUAUAAAUUACUAAAACAACAAUUUCCGUAAUUUUAUAGUCUAUUCAAUAGUUAAUUGAUAUUUCUGAACAACAAAAUAGACAAAAAAAAUAAAUAUUAAAUUAUAUUAUUUAUGAUAUGAAAAGCAAACUUAUUGGGUGUUUGAAAGCAAAUAAUAGCCAAAAGGGGUUUAACAUCACGUAUGCCAUYGAUAUUAACAGUAUUAAUAAUAUGACGUUAAAACACCACACACUGUGAAUGGCUUUUAUUAUAUGUAUUCAAUAUAUUUGAGACCUGUUUUGUGAGACAACUAUUUCAUUGAAUGAAUAAUUUGAUCGCAAAAAUUGCUAUAUUUUUCAAAACUGGUGUCCAAACACACUGUUGUACGCAUGCGUCACAUAUAACACACAUUCAAUGAUUUUUAUAUUAUUUCCCAAAUAUUUGCGGCGAUCUCUUAUCUAAAUCAUGUUUGACUGGCAGUCCGGUCACUGUUCACACACUGGCGAUGAAAGCGAAGAAGAUCUCAGAGAUGAUGGUUACUGCAGUCAACCAAAGUUAUGUCAUCCAGAGUUGAUGUCCAAACAUGAGUUACAACAUGUGUUGCAUAAGAAACAUCUAAGUCUGGCCAAAGAGGAUGUUCUCAAUGGUUACGAGUACUCAAAUAUGAUUGAAUUAUACAACAAAGUAAUCCUACCGUUACCACAAAGACAAUAUAGUGAUAAUCGGAUGGGUUGUCGUCUGAAAAACAAACAAAUUGAUUGCAAUAAAAACUUUAAAAACAAAAGAAAAUGUGAAGAAAUUACUAAUCAUGAAAUUAAUAGCAAGAAAUUGAAAAUUAAUAAUAAUAAUUAUAUCGCAAAUAAUAAUACAAAUCAUCAGACAAUUGACUUAAAACAAUCACUUCCGCAGUCAAGUGAUAAUCAAAAGAGACAAAAAAUUUCUUGGCCGUAGUUAUCAUUGCAUUAUCGCUGAAAUUAUUUUAUUGUAAUUCAUGACAUAACAUACUGUUUAGAUGUUAAUUAUUUUUUAAUCAUAUUUUUUUGUUAAAUAUAUAUAUACAGUAU